AUGACAUGCGCCCGGUCCAGGACGCAGGAGAAUUGGCCGUCACGCAGCACACAGAGGUCAGCAGCCUUGCUCCAGUCAGCUCAGCCUUCUAGCCAUGGAAUACAACAUGCGCAGCCCCUCUCUUCUACAGAGCCAGCAGCAUUUUCGGUCAGGACCACACGACUCGCAGCAGCCCCUUCAAGGGAGAGCCAGGCUGCACCUGAAAGGCAGUCGGGGCAAGCAAGCACUAGCGGCAGGGAGUUUAACAGCAUGGUGAGCAGACGCAGCCAGGAGAAGCAGGCAGAGCAGUCUGUCGCAGACAAGCUCAUUGAUGUCUUUGCCAGCAAGACCCCUGCGGAGUGGCGGAAGCUGAUCGCCUUCAGCAGGCAGUGGCCCACCCUUGCUGACAGUGUGUUUGAUCGCCUGGAGGAGCGGAUGGCCAGAGAGGCCGAUCUUAGCGAGAAGUCAAAGCUCAAGAAACUUCUGCGCCGGCUGCGCAGUGUGCACGACGAGUUGACAGAAUACAAUGAGCUUCUACAGAGUUUCAAGGGAAGGGGGGUCCAUGAAUGGGAGAGCAUCGUGGCAGCCAACCGGCCAUCGUUCACCACAGAGUUCUUCGAGCAUGCGGAGAAUCUGGUCAAGGCUGUGCACGAUAAGGAACAAGAACAGGAAGGUGCGUCGUCAAAAUCUGCCACUAUUCUGGCAUUGGUUACUGCUUAUGAUGAGGUUAGUGCCAAUAAAGCAGCCAUGGAGGACGCUGCGCUGCAAUUUGAUGGUCUCCUGCAGGUGGGCAGUCUCGAGGAGGCAGACACCAAAAUUGAUGAUCUGGCAGCCACCGGGAAGCUGGACCCGGCCCUACUUCUCACAAUGGCGAAGGCAUAUGCAGCGGCGAAGGAGACCGAUAAAACCCAGGAAGAAGUCAAGGAUAUCAUGGCCCACCUGUACUUCAAGGCGAAGGAAUCCUUCGCAAAAAUGCAGCCCCCGGAGGUCCGCAUCCUCAAACACCUCCUGUCGGUGGAGGACCCGCGCCAACGAGUUGAGGAGCUGCGCGCAGCAUUUGAGCCGGGACCAGAGCUGGAGACCGCAACGCAAGACUUCCUGUCGACCACGCCGGAGAAGCUCUUGGGGACGAUAGAGGUCAUUGUGGCUACGUAUGAAAGGAGCGCUGGUAGCACCAGCAUGGUGGGGCAGGCGGGGGCGCUGAUGAACCCCGAAGUCAUCACACGUCUCAAAGACAUCCAGGCAGUCGUGCGGAAACAAUUCACCUGA